ACGUAGCUCCUGUUACUGGGGUAGUGAACGAAUGGUUUGGAGCUGAGAAACACUUCCGCAUCUUACUGCCAAGGUGUCGGACUGACAGUAUCCGGCGGUUUAAGUCAGAACACUUUCUUAGUAGUUUAAGUCGACUUUGUAAAAACUACAUAGAUGGCUUUGCUUCUUGACCACCAGUUUAAGCAGUUAUCUGCGGAUAAGGCGAUCGAUACACAAGCCUUUCUUGAAACUGUGUCACACUUGCCACCCUUUUUCGAUUGCCUUGGUUCUGCAGUGUUUGCACCAGUGAAAGCAGACAUAAGUGGAAACAUCUCGAAAAUUAAAUCUGUGUAUGAAUCAAAUCCCACAAAAUUUAAAACACUGCACAGUAUUUUAGAAGGAGAAAAAGAAAUGUAUGGAGCGGAAUGGCCGAAAAUCGGAGCAACACUGGCACUGUUGUGGCUAAAAAGAUGCUUGAAGUUUAUUCAGAUGCUGUUGCAGAGUAUUGCAGAUGGGGAACGAGAUGAAAAGAACCCCAAUCUUAUCAGAGUGAAUGCAACAAAGGCUUAUGAGAUGGCGCUCAAGAAAUAUCAUGGUUUUUUUGUUCAGACAAUCUUUCAGACAGCAUUAAGGUUUGCACCAUACAAGUCAGACUUUCUGAAAUCUCUGUCAAAGGGACGCGAAGUGAAGGAAGAAGAAUGUAUAGAAAAUAUCCGACAGUACUUGCUUAAUUUCACUCCAACAAUUGAUGCAAUUUAUGAAAUGUACACAAAAAUGAAUGCAGAGUUGGAUUAUAAAGCUUAAAGCCUCUAGGAAGCCUAAUAUUUCUCUUUUUAUUUUUAAUUUAAAAGAAAAAAAUACUAUCUUAAUUACUGACAAAGGACAGUGGUGCAACUUACCUGGAGUGAUGCUGCUUUGAAGCUUACAAGAGUCUUUACAUGUGGGAAGCAACAUUUUCACACCCGUAUCACGUAGCAAUAAUACAUUAAAUCCUGUUUUAUCUGGUCUAACUGUAUUAAGGCUUCUUAAAAUGCAUAUGAUUUUGGUUCAGUAUAAAUGUACCUUAUAUAGAAGACUUCGUGAACAUAAUUUAUAUUUUUACCUGAGUUAUGUCAAAACUCUUAAAUACCUUCAGAAUCAGAAGCCGAGUACUGAAUGUUUGUGAUUUUGCUUAACCAAAGGAAACAGCUGCAAUAUGAUCCCUGCACAAAACAUAAGUCUAAAAUGCACAUUUUAAUAAUGGUCCUUGAAUAUUUUGUACCCUGACUUUUCUAAAUGUACAUUAAGGGCUAAUAAAUAUUUUAACUUUGUAUGAAAUGCUGUUAAAUAUAAAUUUAAGUGUUUUGACUUUAUCCUCAAAAGCAUUUUUAGAAAUAGUAUCAUAAUGUACAAGAAUAGUACAAUUAGUUUUGUAGUUCUGUGUUGUGACUGACAUUUGAAGGGAGAUUUUAAACUUUUCAGACAAAUAACUGCUGUCACUUUAUUAAAUUAAUUAUGUAGGAUGUGUGAAGAUUUGUAUUCUUUGAUUCACUUGCUCCUUGGCAUUCUUCAGGAAAUACAUAAAGUAGCACACUGUGUGUAAAAGUAUAAAUACAUGCAUAUUUUUCAUCUGAUGACUUACUCAUAUUUGCACUGGACAAGUUUAAUCUUUCAUGUGUAAAGGUAAAAAAGAUAAACCACAUUGCAACAUAAAGUGCUAUUUUUUGAAAUGUAUGAAUGUACUUUUUAGGUUGCUAAUAAAGAGUGAGUUUGUUUUGAAAACAGAA